GAUUCUGGAGUAGAAGAUGAGGAUUUCUCUCCUAGGCCUUCGCCUCACCCUCAUCCUUCAUUUCAGCAGGUAACUAAAAUCCACCCAUCUGUACCUGAACUCUCUUUGGUAUUCGGAAGUGUUGUAGAACCAAAGCCUGCAGUACAGAAUUCAGAGAUCAGCAAUAAAAAGGUUCCUCCUUUGUCCUCGACGCCAAAAGUUGUAAACAACCAGUUUAUCACUACUUCUUAUCCCCAUAAUGAUUUACAUAGGAAGGAAUCUAUGCCAAAACAUGUACCUGUUCCUUUCAAAACUUCCAAACCCACAGCCUCAAAACUGUCCAGGGGAAAGUCAUCUACAGGUGACAAACCACAUUUCCACAGCAGUGUCCAGACUAGAAGAAACUCCGCAUCAUCCUCCACUUCUUCCUCCUCUCUUUCCACACCUCGAACUGGUUCAUCUCCGGAAACGUCCAUACACCAGGUCAAAGGCUCAUCUGAACUUGACCUAAAAUGCAACAUUCGCGGACCUUGUCAAGAGCAAACACCACUGACCUCUUCACCUUAUUCCAGACGGUCGUCCUUACCUCACUCUCCCAACCACAAUGCGACCUUCCCCCUUCAGACGAAGCCACUUUCUGAUGCCCAAAAGCCGUUGCAGAACUUUACUACUUGUCGCCAUCAAGCCAAUAUCUGCAGCGGUUGUGUUGGCAUUAGUCCUGUUCAGUGUCAUUCACCUACUUCCUGGCCAGCUGUGAGUCACAUCAGUCAUCGGGGCCUGGAGAGCCCAUCAGAACCUCCUGCAAAUGUCAUGCCAUUUUAUCAGAAUAUGCCAUGUCCAAAUGCUUGUUGCAGCCCUGUGCUAAUGAACUGUGGCCGAACGGUGGGUCAUGCCAGUCCUAUAGAUGGUGCCAGCUCUCCAGGCAGAAGAGACUCCUUGCCUGUAAAUCCUUGCAGUUCAAACCCAUGCAUGGUCUUGGCACCUCCUACAAUUCCUGGACCUAGCGGCAUGUUGGGACUGUCUGCAGAGGCCUACCAACUAUUAGCAGAACAAGACAAGCAGUUGAAACUUCUGCAAGCUCAGAUCCAGCGGUUGCUUGAAGCCCAGGCUGCUCAGGUUGGUUCCAAACCUUCC